CUCUCUCUCCAAUCAAAUUUCACUUCCAAUACAUUAUAUUCUCUCUCCAAUCCGGAGCUCUUCUAUAAGUUUUAACUUUUAAGGCGGCGUCCUUGUUACAGAUAGAAUCUUAUAAAUAAUAAAUCGUAGAUAUUUUUCUUUAAACUGUCGUUUAGAAUUAGAAUGGUUUAGUUUUAGUAGAUAUCUUCGAAAAAUCACAUUUUUAUUGUCGACCCUGAAGCUGGGAUGCCCAAUCCCAACGGCAAUGCAGUCUGCAAGCUCUCUCACACUCACUGUCAUGCCCACCCUCGCAAGGAACACUUCCCUCUUCGCUUUCUUCAACAAAACACAAUUUCCUUUAUGCGGCCAGAGCAGAUAUUCUCACCGUUCUCGCCUCCAUUAUCCAAUUCUUAUUUCUUUCAAAUCUGUUAUCAAUAAGAAAAAUAGCUUCUCCUCGAACAAGAGAAUCCAUCUCUCUACUUUGGCCCUCUCUGCAACAGUACCCACUAAUGAAUCUUCAACUUCAACCACCACCUCGCUUUCCAACAAAUCACGGAAGAAAGCCCAUCGAGAGUCUCCUGAAAACUUGCUUCGGUUCAACCUGGAUAUGUGCUCGAAGCGUGGUGACCUUGUUGAAGCCCUUCGCCUUUACGAUGAUGCUCGGAGUAAGGGAAUAUCACUUAGUCAACAUCAUUAUAAUGUUCUACUCUACCUCUGUUCUUCUUCUCAUUCUUCUUCGGUUGAUGGCGGCGAGAAUGAUGAGAGGAACUUGAAUUUAGGUCUAAGAAGGGGUUUUGAGAUUUUUCAGCAGAUGGGUAUUGAUAGAGUUGCUCCAAAUGAGGCUACAUUUACUAGUGCAGCGAGAUUGGCUGCUGCAAUGGAAGACCCAGAGAUGGCGUUUGAAUUGGUUAAGAAGAUGACGAGUUAUGACAUCCCGCCGAAGUUGAGGUCGUACGAACCGGCACUAUUUGGGUUCUGUAAGAAGGGGGAAGCGGAUAAGGCUUAUGAGGUUGAUGCGCACAUGGUGGCGUCUGGGGUGUCGGCAGAGGAGCCCGAGCUUGCUGCAUUGCUACAACUUAGUUUAGAUGCAGAAAGAGGGGAUAAGGUGUAUGAAAUGCUUCAUCGGUUGCGGGCCACCGUGAGGCAGGUGUCGGAAUCGACAACCGUAGUUGUUGAGAGCUGGUUUAAGAGUAAUGCUUCUGCCGAGGUUGGGGAGGAGAAUUGGGAUGUGGGCAAGGUGAAGGAAGGGAUUGUGCAGGGUGGCGGUGGGUGGCACGGGCAGGGGUGGUUGGGGAAGGGGAAAUGGGCGGUGGUUAGGACUAGGAUGGAUGAGGAGGGUACCUGCCAUUCUUGCGGGGAGAGACUUGUUUCUAUCGAUAUUGAUCCAUUGGAGACAGAGAACUUCGCUAGUUCGUUGUCCAACUUAGCUUGCCAGCGAGAGGCCAUGGCUGAUUUCAAUAGUUUUCAGGAGUGGCUUCUCCAACAUGGACCGUUUGAUGCUGUUAUAGAUGGUGCUAAUGUGGGUCUCAUCAAUCAGCGCAACUUCAGCUUUUUACAGCUAAAUUCUGUUGUAAAUCGUGUCCGCCAAAUGAGUCCAUCUAAACGCUUGCCGCUUAUAGUUCUACAUAGUCGUCGUGUGAAGGGUGGUCCUGCACAAAACCCAAAUAAUAAGAAGUUGUUGGAAAACUGGAGGAAGUCUGGUGCACUCUAUGCUACCCCUUAUGGAUCAAAUGAUGAUUGGUAUUGGUUAUAUGCUGCUGUUAGUUGUAAAUGUUUGUUGAUUACCAAUGAUGAGAUGAGAGAUCACUUGUUCCAAUUGUUAGGGACCAGCUUCUUUCCAAGAUGGAAAGAAAAGCAUCAGGUUCGAUUGACAGUUUCCAGAAAAGGGCUCAACCUCCACAUGCCGCCACCAUAUUCAAUUGUUAUACAGGAAUCAGAAAGAGGUAAUUGGCAUGUACCGACAGUCACCGGUGACGAUAUUGAGACCCCAAAACCAUGGUUAUGUAUCACCAGGGCCCACUCUGUGACCAGCAGCCCAAAACAAAAGCCCUCUGCAAAUAUUAUGGGAGAAAGAACUCGUUAAGUUGCUCUUGGCCAAGCAGAGCAAUUUUGUAGGCUAGUAUUUGAAGAUUUGUAUUAGUUCAAAACAAAAAAGGUGUUGAUUAUUUGCGCUUAAUUUUGCUCCGGUGUCCAAUGGCUCAUCACCAUCGUCAUCAUCCAAGCCUUAUCCCUACCUAUGAGGUCGGGUACAUGAAUCUUGUUUCACCAUUCCAAUCUAAUCUGUUUAAUGCCAUAUCCAUUGUUAAAUUAUUUGCACUUAAAAUCAUGUCCGUUUUGGUCUA